AUUCAUCAUAUCUCAAUGAGACAUCGAAAGUACGAGAAUCGUCGAGGAGGGGGUCGACUAGGCCGACAUAGGAAAGUGACUAAGUUCGCUGAACAGAGGACUCCCUUGGCGAAGGACUUUGAAGGCCGCAAUGAGGCACCGAAGAAUGAUGAUGAAGAUCUACUAGUUCCUGGAGGGGAGGCUACCGGAGCUCAAGGGGAAGUCGAUGGUCCUACAACGGAGGUAGUAGUGGGAGUAGCCAAGGCUGGUGAGGCGAAGAAGCUGACCAAUCGUGAGAGGCAUGCCUUGAUGAAACACAAGGCUGAUCUCCGACGACAGAAGAUGGGAAAAGGAUCCGUCGUAGAGAAGACUGCUACCAAGAAGAGGAAGAAUCAGACGAUUGACGAGGAGGGGGAGGAGGGGAAGGGGAAGGGGAAAAAGAAGCGUUCUGAGUUCGGCCCAGACUACGACGAAGAUGGUGUUCCUAAUCUUAUGAAGCCUUUGGUCCUGCCUAAGAUCCCUCGCCUGGAGGAAGCCCUUGCCAAGAUGGCUGCUCUACAACAACAUGAAACCCAAGAGGGGCCGCCGCUCCUCACGAAGAAGGGUGCUGACGAUGAGGCUGCUGAUGAGGAAGAGGAGGAGGAGGCGCCGGUGACGGUGAAGCCAGCGUUCGGUGAAGUGAUUGAGGCCCCUCCAGUGUUCUCUAAGAAGGCUGCCUCUGUCGGUGCUAAGGCGGCCAAAGGUGGUGGAUCGACAGGAGGUGGGAUCACAGGAUGGCGACGACAAGUGAAGGGGAAGUCGUUGGAAUCUCUGGUGAAGUCCGUGGAGGCAAGAUAUGAAUAAUAUCCAUCAGCACCAACGUCAUAGA